UCCGCCCUCCACAGCCCCUCCCUCCGGGGAAGAGCUGGGCUGGGGCAGUGCAGGUGUGGGGUUAAGGGAGCCUGGUCGUGGCCUCAGGAGCAGUAGGAGCAGCAGCGGCAACUGCACCAGCAGCGGCGGUGGCAGGCCUGGCCCCGCGCCAGCUGGCAGGGAGCCCCAGGAGGGAGAGAGGGCGGAGGAAGGGGAGGAAGAGGGGAAGGAGGAGGAGGAGAGGAGUAGUCAGCAGGCCCGAGGAGGCAGGACUUCCUGGUGUGGGGGUUGUCAACAGCCCAGAAAGAGACUGAGAGACAGAACCGAGAGGAGCUGAGCAGUGGAGAGACCUAGCGAUACCACGAGAGAGGAGACUUGGGAGACCCACUCGCCUCGACCACCGAGGCGGCUCCACCUGGAGGAUUGGGGGCUGAAUCGUCCCCUUCCGCAUCAGCCCAGAGACACUUGGUGCUUCAGAGGCCGAGCCUGGGCUCUACCAAGAAGGCGGGGGUUCCCUCUUUUCCGGAGCGCAAACUUUCCACAGAGAUGCCUUGCGGAGUGAGGCGCGGCGCCCGAAGGGGACUAGACAGCCUCUGAUCGCUGUCUGCACUCUUCGAGCUGUUGGGGCCAGGAGGCCCCAGGUAAAGGACAGCCCGACAUCUUAGGCGGCGGGGACCCCCAGCCCAGCGUAGUGACUAAGGCUGAGAGGCACCCCCGGUUCCUGCAAGGCCCUCCCGUCAUGUCGGACCCAGACGUCCCCAGGGGCCCUGAUGUCCGCGCCAUGUGGCCCCCCUGUUCCAGGGGCGCCUGAGCCCCUUCGAAGAGCCACCACCAUCCCGCCCCACCCCUCCCACCUUGGCCCAGUCCUGAGCCCCAGGGACCAUGAGUGGGGGCAAGAAGAAGAGUAGUUUCCAAAUCACCAGCGUCACUACGGACUAUGAGGGCCCUGGGAGCCCAGGGGGUCCAGAUGCCCCUGCCCUGCCAGCCCCCACUGGGCCCCCGCCCCGCUUACCCAACGGGGAGCCCAACCCCGAGCCAGGAGGCAAGGGAACCCCCCGGAACGGCUCUCCACCACCUGGGGCCCCCGCCUCCCGUUUCCGGGUGGUGAAGCUGCCCCAGGGCCUAGGAGAGCCUUAUCGUCGAGGCCGUUGGACAUGUGUGGAUGUUUACGAGAGAGACCUGGAGCCGCCUAGCUUCGGCAGGCUUCUGGAGGGGAUUCGAGGGGCCUCGGGGGGCACCGGGGGCAGAUCUUUGGAUUCCAGGUUGGAGUUGGCCAGCUUGGGCCUGGGCGCCCCUUCUCCACAGCCAGGCCUGUCUCAGGGUCCCAGCUCCUGGCUCCGCCCACCUCCCGCCUCCCCUGGACCUCAAGCCCGCUCCUUCACUGGGGGGCUGGGCCAGCUGGCAGUGCCUGGCAAGGCCAAGGUGGAGACACCCCCUCUGUCGGCCUCCCCACCCCAGCAGCGCCCCCCAGAGCCCAGGGCCGGGGAUAGCGCAGGCACAUCCCGAGCCACCACACCUCUGCCCUCCUUGAGGGUGGAAGUGGAAGCUGGGGGCUCAGCAGCUGGGACCCCUCCACUGUCCCGAAAUAAGGAUGGAGCCCUGCGGCUGAGGAUGGAGUUGGUUGCUCCAGAGGAGAUGGGGCAGGUGCCCCCACUCGACUCUCGCCCCAGCUCCCCAGCCCUCUACUUCUUCCCCGAUGCCAGUCUGGUUCACAAGUCUCCAGACCCCUUUGGAGCAGCGGCAGCCCAGAGCCUCAGCCUGGCCCGCUCCAUGCUGGCCAUCAGUGGCCACCUGGACAGCGAUGACGAUAGUGGCUCCGGAAGCCUGGUUGGCAUUGACAACAAGAUCGAACAAGCCAUGGACUUGGUGAAGUCGCACCUCAUGUUUGCGGUCCGGGAGGAGGUGGAGGUGCUGAAGGAGCAGAUCCGGGACCUGGCCGAGCGGAAUGCCGCACUGGAGCAGGAGAACGGACUGCUGCGUGCCCUGGCCAGCCCUGAACAGCUGGCCCAGCUGCCUUCCUUGGGGGUCCCGCGGCUUGGGCCCCCUGCGCCCAAUGGGCCCUCCGUCUGAGCCUCCUUUCCCUCACAAUGUGCCUUUGGGGGCUGCCACAGCUGCCAGGCCUUGCGCCAGCCACCUGCCCCUCUUCCUAUGCAGCUUUAAUGCCCUAUGUUCCCUGGGGAUGGGGAUUGAAGGCUCCCCAAGAAUUGGCCUGUUACCCCACCCUUCCUCCAUCUCCCUGUAGUGCUCAAGGACUGGGCUGGGAUAUCUUCAGGCCUUGAUGGAGGAGAGAGGGCUUCUGGACAGGGCGUUAGAUAGAGCCUCCCCACCCAGGUGCCAGUGUUCUGGACCCCACAGCAGUAGAUGGCUUGGGGGAGUUGGAGGCUUUCUUGCAGACCCCAUCCCCAUCUUGUUCCCUGAAAGUGCCCCCUCUUCUCUGCUCAGGGGAGGGAGUAUGGAUAGUAUCUGGAAGUUCUGAGAUUCAGGUUGUUGUUAAAAUAAUAAUUAUAAUUAAAAACUCCGAAGAAACUUGAA